CGAUAAGCCGUGUUCUGAUGCAACAACACGUUGUUUACUAUUUUUGCCGACAAGCGUGGUCGCUGUGCGUCGGUAAAGUUCUUUAUCACGGUUGAAUUUAGCCGACGGAGGAAUACGGAGGAAUGGGGAAGCCAAAGAAAAAGAGUGACCUCAGUCGAGCUGAACUGAUGAUGAUGACAAUCGCCGAUGUCAUCAAACAGCUGGUUGAAGCACACGAAGAGGGAAAAGACAUCAACCUCAACAAACUGAAAACAAAGACCUCCGCUAAAUAUGGCCUGGAGGCUCAGCCUCGAUUGGUGGAUAUUAUAGCCGCUGUUCCUCCACAAUACCGCCGUGCUUUGGUACCCAAACUAAAGGCCAAACCGAUCCGCACUGCCAGUGGGAUUGCAGUUGUCGCUGUGAUGUGCAAACCACAUAGAUGUCCACACAUUAGCUUCACAGGCAAUAUUUGCGUGUACUGCCCUGGUGGGCCGGACUCAGACUUUGAAUACUCCACACAGUCUUACACCGGUUAUGAGCCCACCUCAAUGAGAGCCAUUCGAGCGCGAUACGAUCCCUACCUUCAGACCAGACAUCGUGUGGAGCAGCUCAAGCAGCUGGGUCACAGUGUGGAUAAGGUGGAGUUCAUUGUGAUGGGCGGGACCUUCAUGGCUCUGUCUGAAGAGUACAGGGAUUACUUCAUUCGGAAUCUGCACGAUGCUUUGUCUGGACACACUUCAAACGAUGUGGCCGAGGCUGUAAGGUACUCUGAGCGCAGUAACACCAAGUGUGUUGGAAUCACUAUCGAGACGCGGCCCGACUACUGCCUCAAGCGACACCUGAGUGACAUGCUGGGAUACGGCUGCACAAGACUGGAGAUCGGCGUCCAGAGCGUGUAUGAAGAUGUGGCCAGAGAUACGAACAGGGGCCACACAGUUCGAGCCGUGUGUGAGUCUUUCCACCUUGCAAAAGAUGCCGGCUUCAAGGUGGUGGCCCACAUGAUGCCAGACCUGCCCAAUGUCGGCAUAGAGAGAGAUGUGGAGCAGUUCAUUGUAAGUUUUUUUGAGAAUCCGGCAUUCAGGCCCGAUGGUUUAAAGCUGUACCCGACUUUGGUGAUUCGGGGUACGGGCCUGUAUGAGCUGUGGAAGACGGGCCGCUAUAAGAGCUACACGCCCAGCACUCUGGUCGAUCUGGUGGCGCGAAUCCUGGCGCUGGUGCCGCCCUGGACAAGAGUUUAUCGUGUGCAGAGGGACAUCCCAAUGCCAUUGGUGAGCUCCGGAGUGGAGCACGGAAACCUGCGAGAGUUGGCAAUAGCCAGGAUGAAGGAUAUGGGCACUGAGUGUCGAGAUGUUCGAACCAGAGAAGUUGGCAUUCAGGAGAUUCACCACAAAGUUCGACCGUACCAGGUGGAGCUCGUGCGGAGGGACUAUGUGGCCAACGGUAGCUGGGAGACCUUCCUCUCCUAUGAGGAUCCCGAGCAGGACAUUCUGAUAGGACUGCUGCGUCUGCGCCGCUGCUCCCCGCAGUCGUUCCGAGCGGAACUGAAAGGGGGCGUGUCCAUCGUCCGCGAACUGCACGUGUACGGCAGCGUGGUCCCCAUAAGUAGCCGGGACCCCAGCAAGUUCCAACAUCAGGGAUUCGGGAUGAUGUUGAUGGAAGAAGCGGAGAGAAUUGCGACGGAUGAACACGGCUCCUACAAAUUAGCGGUCAUCUCAGGUGUAGGAACAAGGAACUACUACAGGAAGAUGGGCUAUGAGUUGGAAGGACCUUAUAUGGUUAAGCUUCUCUCCGAACCCAGAUUGAACUGAACUUGGACGUUGUUUUUAAUCGGCAUAUGACAGCCCAUCAAAUCAUGUUUGUGCCAUCGAUGAUCAUUUUCCCCACUUUUUAAUUGUAUUUCAUCAAUGUGUGUCCAGGUGAUGCCAGGACUAAGUUGGUUAUCUUAAAUGACAUUCUA